CAGCCGCCGGCGCAAGCAUUAUCUACACAGCAGCUACAAGACGCGCAACGGGAAGGAGGCCGCCAUGAACUAUAUACUCGUCUACUCGCUGUCUCUGCUGCUGUACCAAGGCCUCUGCACUGCCGAACAACACCGUCUUCGAUACUACCUCGACCUGCUCUCCAAGCCCGUCAACCGCCUCGACCUUUCCCAGAACACGGCUCGUCACGCUCGUCACGCCCGCCACGCCCGUCGCCAUCCACGCCAUGGCUCCCACCGCCGUCCAAUCGCCGCUUGACGCCCUUUCGUCCACAAACUCCUACCACAACCCUUCGCCCAAGGUCUUCCCCGACGGCGUCAAGACUGCCGGCCAAUUCGAUCCUCUGUACGACCAGCUCGCUCCCUACUCGGCUUUCCCCAAGGAGAUCACCGGUCCCACCGUAUGGCAGGCCGAAGAAUACAAGAACAACGCUGAGCGCUGGACACAUCCCUUCAGCGAAGACGAGAUUGCCGAAAUCUCAAAGGCUGCCGACGACUUCAUCGCCUCCAGCACCCCCUUGACGGGCAUCACAAAGGACAAGUUCCCCUUGCCAUCUGCCACGGGCCGCCUGCUGCACUCGCUGCGCCACGAGCUGCUCAAUGGCAAAGGCUUCAUCCUCUUCAAGGGCUUCCCUGUCGAGCAGUGGGGUCUACACAAGUCGGCCGUCGCCUACAUGGGCCUCGGCACAUACCUUGGCUACUUUGUCAGCCAGAACAGCCGCGGCCACGUCCUCGGCCACGUCAAAGAUGUCGGCGAGGACAGCACCCAGAUCGACAAGGUCCGCAUCUACCGCACAAACGCCCGCCAGUUCUUCCAUGCCGACGACAGCGACAUUGUCGGCCUUCUCUGCAUCGCCCGUGCUCUCGAAGGCGGCGAGUCGGAUCUAGUCUCCAGCCACGCCGUGUGGAACGCUCUGCAGAAGGAGAACCCCGAUGUGGCCGAGCUGCUCACCCAACCCAUCUGGUACUUCGACCGCAAGGGCGAGAAGUCGGUCGGCCAGCAGGACUGGAUCCGCACCUCCGUCUUCUACCUUGAGCCCAAGCCCAAUGGCCGCGUUUACUCAAAGUGGGACCCCUACUACGUCAAGUCUCUCACUCGCUUCAGCGACGCAGGCGCCAUCCCCCCUCUCUCGGCCGAACAGCUUCGCGCCGCUCAGAUCCUUGAAGACACCUGUGUGCGUCUGUCGCUUCACAUGAUCCUCGAGAUUGGCGACAUCCAGUUCCUGAGCAACGAACACGUCCUGCACGCCCGUACUGCCUACAAGGACCAUGCUCCUCCAUUGCCCAGACGACACCUGAUGAGACUCUGGCUCGCUACUCCGGAUACAGAGGGCGGCUGGACCUUGCCUUUCGAGGAUUCCUCCCACAGAAAGCGUGGCGGCAUCCAGGUCAACGACAAUCCUCCUGUCGCUCCCCUUGAUGCCGAGUAAUGCCCUUGAUGACCAAAUCGCGCAAAUUGUAUAUAUCCUCUGUCUUACAGAUCAAAAUUUAAUCGCUUCACCAUCUCUGUUUCUAAACAGACAUGCUCUUGACACUUCGAAUUCUAUGUUUACAUUCUUCGCUUGUAGCGGGACGUCUGGCCAUGUGGGAGCC